UGCGUGUGUGUGUGGUGGAGGGCUGGUGGUGGAGGGGGGCAGGCACAGUCAGUUCUGAUAACAGCAACAGUAGGAGGAGGAUGAGCCGUGGGACCGCCCCACUCUUCCACAGAUAUAAAUAGGAGGUGGAUUUUUUUACUCCACUCAUUUCUCCUGAAGGAUGAGAUCCCUGAAACACCUCAAACAUCACUCCAGGAACAAUGUGGAGGAGGAGAGCAGCCGCUUGGUGCGGACCUACCCCAAGAUGACUGAGAGCCAAGUGGAUGUGGGCACGCAGACAGAGCCUGUGGUGGUGCUCUCGCUGGCUCAAGCAGCUGUUCUAGGUCUCAUCUCCCAAAAUGAAAUCUUUGGGGCCACCAUUGCGCCUAAUGGCUUUUACACUGGGGAGCAGAGAGAGUGCCCUGCUCCACCACCUGAAACAAUGGAGUAUGAGUACGCUGACCAGCUGAUAGGGGCCAACGGGGACUACAUAGCUGAGCCUGCUGUGGAGCCAGAGCCUCAGCCCCAUUGCAGUGAAAGAAGACGACCUGGGCCCCGAGGGAGGACUAAAAGGCCUCGGCACGAUGGAGAAUUAGAGGGUCACCGACAGAAGGCGCAAAGUCCACAGGCUAAGAUUAAAGGUGAAAGACUGGAGUCUAAUACGCCUCCUUCCUGCGUUCACAUGAAAAGCAGGCAUAGUCCUGGCAAGACAGAGGAUCCUGUCUCCCAACAAGGGCCUCUGAAAGAGGAGCAGUCCUGCGGAAAUUGUGCCUCAUGUGUGAGAGAUACACCCAGGCCACAAACAGAUGGACAGUCAGAACAGGAACAGGAAGAAAGCACUGGUAGAGACAAGGAGAAAAAAGAAGAAGAGCUGGUGGUGGCAGAAGAAGAAGAGGAGGAAGCACUAAACCUUAAGACGAGUGGGGAGACUGGCAGUCCUCUCUCGAGCCGCUAUUACGAGUCCAAUGAGGUGGCGUAUGAGUCUGCUGACAUGUCCCUGCCAGGAGAGUACGAGGAAAAUGGCCAGGCUAUGCUGUGGUCGGACCCAGAAGGUCUCGCCAGGCGAAUGCAGAUUGACCGGCUGGACAUCAACGUGCAGAUUGAUGAGUCUUACUGCGUAGACGUGGGAGAGGGUCUGAAACGCUGGAAGUGCCGUAUGUGUGAGAAAUCAUACACAUCCAAAUACAACCUUGUUACUCAUAUCCUGGGCCACAAUGGAAUUAAGCCCCAUGAAUGUCUACACUGUGGGAAGCUCUUCAAGCAGCCGAGCCACCUUCAGACUCACCUGCUCACCCACCAGGGAACCCGGCCUCACAAGUGCACCGUUUGUGAGAAGGCCUUCACGCAGACCAGCCACCUGAAGAGGCACAUGCUGCAGCAUUCGGACGUCAAGCCCUACAGCUGUCGCUUCUGCGGCCGCGGGUUUGCCUACCCCAGUGAGCUGCGGACGCACGAGAACAAACACGAGAACGGCCAGUGCCAUGUCUGCACACAGUGCGGUCUGGAGUUCCCGACCUACGCCCACCUGAAGCGCCACCUGACCAGCCAUCAGGGCCCCACCACAUACCAGUGCACGGAAUGCCAGAAGUCCUUCGCUUACCGCAGCCAGCUGCAGAACCACCUGAUGAAGCACCAGAACGUGCGGCCCUACGUUUGCCCAGAGUGCGGCAUGGAGUUUGUGCAGAUCCACCACCUACGACAACACGCUCUCACUCACAAGGUACAGGCAGCGCACGCCCUUGCACUUAAGGGUAUGAAAGAAUUCAAGUGUGACGUCUGUGCCAGGGAGUUCACCCUGUCGGCCAACCUGAAGAGGCACAUGCUGAUCCACGCCAGUGUGAGGCCCUUCCAAUGCCACGUCUGCUUCAAGACCUUUGUGCAGAAACAGACUCUUAAAACACACAUGAUCGUCCACCUGCCGGUCAAGCCUUUCAAAUGCAAGGUAUGCGGAAAGUCGUUCAACAGAAUGUACAACCUCCUCGGCCACAUGCACCUCCACGCCGGCAGCAAGCCCUUCAAGUGCCCUUACUGCUCCAGCAAGUUCAACCUGAAGGGCAACCUCAGCCGACACAUGAAGGUCAAACACGGCAUCAUGGACACCUCAAUAGAUGGACAUGAACCCCCCCAAGACACAGAAGGCCAGGAGGACUACGAGGAGGAGAGCUUUGAAUUCAGCGAACGAGAAAACCGAGCAAACAACAACAACACACCAGACAUUGCUAAACUAUCUCAAAUUGAGUAUUACAGCACCUAUGGGAAGGGCGCAGGGCGUUUCAGCACUGCAUGAAUUAUUAAAAUGACCCCGAAUUUAAUAUAAGUGUGAACUAAUGAAAAUGGGAUUGUUCUUUUAUUUUUGGCUAGUUUUUUUUCCUGCUGUUAAAAGCAUAGUGCUUUUGUUGUUCUUCAAGGGCAUGAAGACGCCCAGCAAACCGCACAUUCAUAUGCACUGGAAUAUUCGUACUGCUAAAAAAAUUGUAAACGUACACUUUUUAAUGUAAUUUACAUAGUUUUCAUCUCUAAACCACUGCAAAUCUACUGAAUACAUAUAUUAUAUUUGAGAAAAGUGCACAGUCGAAAAUACUUAAGACAUAGGUUAAAAUAAAUCUUUAUAAAUACA